AUGACAGAUCCCAUGAUGGACUUUUUUGAUGAUGCCAAUCUGUUUGGUGAGACCUUAGAAGGUUUGCCAGAUGAUGCAUUUGUACAACCAGGACCUGUUUCACUAGUUGACGAAUUGAACUUGGGUGCAGAAUUUGAACCUUUGCACAUAGACUCACUGAAUCAUGUUCAAGGUACUCCAACACAUCAGAAGAUGACUGAUUAUGAACAGUUAAAUCCGUUUGAUUCAAUGAAAUUUCACCAAGUUAAUCAGUCUUUUGGUAGCCCAGCUGAACAUGUGUUAUCGCCACACUCUCAGUUUAAUUGUUCUCCAAUCCACCCCCAGAACCAACCCAAUGGUUUGUUUCCAGAUGUAGCAGAUGGCAGUCCUAUGUGGGGCCAUCAGACAGCUACUAGCAUUUCAAAUCAAAAUGGGUCUCCUUUUCACCAACCAGGACAUUCUCACUCUAUGCAUCAAACUAAAAGCUUUGUGGCACACCAUGACUUUGCCUUAUUUCAGGCCAAUGAACAACAAACACAGUGCGCUUCGCUACGCUCACAACAAAACAGAAAUAAUCUGAACCCAGGGCAAAAUUCUCUUAGUCAGUCUAAAACUUUUAUGGAUGUUAAUGUUUCUGGUCCACACAGAGUCAGUGUUAACCAUCCACCACAAAUGAACAAUGCAUCUACUUCACAACAGUCCCUUUCGAUGCAGCAAUUUUCCCAAACAUCAAACCCUUCAGUACACUUCCUCAAGUGUACCAGUCACCAAGAAGGUAAUUUUAAUGGACCUUCUCCAAAUAUGACUUCUUGUUCUGUCAGUAAUUCACAGCAGUUUUCUUCACAUUAUUCCUUUUCCAGUAAUCAUGUGUCACCAAAUAGUCUUCUUCAACCCUCUGCAGUUCUUGCACCUAAUCAUACAAAUCAGACUUUAUCUGAUUUUACUGGGAGUAAUUCCUUUUCACCUCAUAGGGGAAUCAAGCAAGAAUCGACUCAGCAUAUGCUAAAUCCUAAUACAUCUCUGAAUUCAAAUAACUUCCAAAUGUUGCAUUCAUCACAUCCUCAGGGUAAUUACAAUUCAAAAUUAUCUCCUGUGCACAUGAACUUCCCGGAUCCUGUUGACUCAGGAACUCAAAUGGGCCAUUUCAGUGAUCAUGUAGAAACUAAUGGCUUUUCAUCUUUGGAAGAGAAUUUACUUCAUCAAGUGGAAUCUCAAACUGAGCCAUUCACAGGACUUGACCCAGAAGACCUCCUUCAAGAAGGUCUCCUUCCCCAGUUUGAUGAGUCAGCAUUUGGGCAAGAUAAUUCAAGUCAUGUUUUAGAUCAUGACCUUGAUCGGCAGUUUACUUCACAUCUUGUAACUCGGCCUUCUGAUAUGGUUCAAACUCAGUUGCACAAUCAGGCUCGGAGUUGGCAUUCAUCACUUUCUAAUCAUCAGCAUUUACAUGAUAGAAAUCGCCUGUGUUUACAGCGACAGCCUCCAUCUUCCAAGAAGAGUGAUGGUUCUGGGACAUACACUAAGUUGCAGAAUACCCAGGUGAGGAUCAUGUCCGAGAAGAAGCAGAGAAAAAAGGUGGAAUCAGAAAGCAAGCAAGAAAAGGCUAAUCGUAUAAUAUCAGAGGCCAUAGCAAAAGCGAAGGAGCGAGGGGAACGCAAUAUUCCACGAGUAAUGAGCCCUGAAAACUUUCCUAGUGCUUCAGUUGAAGGAAAAGAGGAAAAGAAAGGAAGAAGGAUGAAAUCCAAGCCAAAGGACAAAGAGAGCAAAAAAACAAAAACUUGUUCUAAGUUAAAAGAGAAGACAAAAAUUGGCAAACUCAUUAUUACAUUGGGUAAGAAACAAAAGAGAAAGAAUGAGUCUUCAGAUGAAAUAUCUGAUGCAGAGCAGAUGACACAGCAUGCAUUCAAAGAGGAAGACUCUCAAAAAAGAAGAUCAAAUCGACAAAUUAAAAGGAAAAAAUAUGCAGAAGAUGCAGAAGGGAAGCAAUCUGAAGAAGAGAUUAAAGGCUCUAUGAAAAUAAAAAAGAAUUCAGCUCCUUUACCUGGCGAACAGCCUUUACAGUUAUUUGUGGAGAAUCCAAGUGAAGAAGAUGCUGCAAUUGUGGACAAGAUACUAUCUUCUAGAACUAUAAAAAAGGAAAUAUCACCUGGAGUGACGAUUGAUACAGAAGAAUUUUUUGUAAAAUACAAGAAUUACUCUUAUCUUCACUGUGAAUGGGCCACAGAACAGCAGCUUCUGAAAGAUAAAAGGAUCCAGCAGAAAAUCAAACGAUUCAAAUUGAGACAAGCACAAAGAGCACAUUUUUUUGCAGACAUGGAAGAAGAACCAUUUAACCCAGACUACGUUGAAGUAGACAGAGUGUUAGAAGUCUCUUUUUGUGAAGAUAAAGAUACUGGCGAGCCUGUUAUUUACUAUUUAGUAAAGUGGUGCUCAUUACCAUAUGAAGAUAGUACUUGGGAACUAAAAGAAGAUGUAGAUCUUGCAAAAAUAGAAGAGUUUGAGCAAUUGCAAGCUUCCAGGCCUGACACAAGACAUUUGGAUCGUCCUCCUCCUAAUAUUUGGAAAAAAAUAGAUCAAUCCAGGGAUUAUAAAAAUGGCAAUCAACUCAGGGAAUACCAACUGGAAGGACUCAACUGGCUCUUAUUCAAUUGGUACAAUAGACGAAACUGCAUUUUAGCAGAUGAAAUGGGUCUUGGCAAAACCAUUCAAUCAAUUACAUUCCUCUACGAAAUCCUUCUGACUGGUAUAAGAGGACCUUUCCUGAUUAUUGCUCCACUUUCUACUAUUGCAAACUGGGAGAGAGAAUUUCGUACGUGGACUGAUAUUAAUGUUGUGGUUUAUCAUGGGAGCCUGAUUAGCAGACAAAUGAUACAGCAAUAUGAGAUGUACUUCAGGGACUCACAGGGGCGUAUUAUUCGAGGAGCUUACAGAUUCCAAGCCAUCAUCACCACUUUUGAAAUGAUUCUUGGAGGCUGUGGAGAGCUUAAUGCAAUUGAAUGGCGAUGUGUAAUUAUUGAUGAAGCACAUAGGUUAAAAAAUAAAAACUGUAAACUUCUAGAAGGUCUGAAACUCAUGAAUCUGGAACACAAGGUGCUUUUGACUGGCACACCUCUCCAAAAUACAGUUGAAGAACUAUUCAGUCUUCUUCACUUUCUGGAGCCCCUAAGGUUUCCUUCUGAAUCAACGUUUAUGCAAGAAUUUGGGGAUCUGAAAACAGAAGAACAGGUGCAGAAACUUCAGGCUAUCUUGAAACCAAUGAUGUUGAGACGAUUGAAAGAAGAUGUGGAAAAGAAGUUGGCACCUAAGGAAGAAACCAUCAUUGAAGUAGAACUUACUAACAUUCAGAAAAAAUACUACCGGGCUAUUCUGGAGAAGAACUUUUCAUUUUUAUCCAAAGGAGCAGGGCAGACUAAUGUACCCAACUUAGUCAAUACCAUGAUGGAGCUCAGGAAGUGCUGUAAUCACCCAUAUCUUAUCAAAGGUGCUGAGGAGAAAAUACUUGGAGAAUUUAGAGAUACAUAUAAUCCAGCUGCUUCUGAUUUUCAUCUUCAAGCAAUGAUCCAGUCUGCUGGUAAAUUGGUCCUUAUUGAUAAAUUGCUUCCCAAAAUGAAAGCAGGAGGUCAUAAAGUGCUCAUCUUCUCUCAGAUGGUACGCUGCCUUGAUAUCCUGGAGGACUAUCUUAUACAUAAAAGAUAUUUAUAUGAGCGAAUUGAUGGAAGAGUCAGAGGGAAUCUUCGACAAGCUGCUAUAGAUCGAUUUAGUAAACCUGAUUCGGAUCGAUUUGUCUUUCUUCUGUGUACCCGAGCUGGUGGGUUGGGCAUCAACUUAACUGCAGCUGAUACAUGUAUAAUUUUUGAUUCUGAUUGGAAUCCUCAAAAUGACCUUCAGGCCCAAGCUCGUUGCCACAGAAUUGGUCAGAAUAAAGCAGUUAAAGUCUACCGACUAGUGACUCGUAACUCAUAUGAAAGAGAGAUGUUUGACCGAGCCAGUCUGAAACUGGGUCUAGAUAAGGCUGUGUUACAGAGUAUGAGUGGAAGAGAAAGUAAUGUUGGUGGUAUUCAACAGCUUUCCAAAAAGGAAAUAGAAGAUCUGCUUCGAAGAGGUGCUUAUGGUGCCAUUAUGGAAGAAGAAGAUGAAGGCUCUAAAUUCUGUGAAGAAGAUAUUGAUCAGAUUUUACUACGUCGUACAAAAACCAUUACAAUUGAAUCGGAAGGACGUGGGUCAACAUUUGCCAAGGCAAGUUUUGUGGCGUCUGGAAACCGAACAGAUAUUUCAUUAGAUGAUCCCAACUUCUGGCAAAAAUGGGCGAAAAAGGCAGAAAUAGAUAUAGAUGCCAUCAGUGGUAGAAACAGCUUGGUUAUUGACACUCCAAGAAUUAGGAAGCAAACAAGACCCUUCAGUGCCACAAAAGAUGAGUUAGCUGAAUUGUCUGAACCCGAAAGUGAAGGAGAUGAAAAGCCCAAACUUCGGAGACCCUGUGAGCGUUCGAAUGGCUAUGGAAGAACUGAAUGCUUUAGAGUAGAGAAAAAUCUGCUAGUUUAUGGAUGGGGCCGAUGGAGAGAGAUUCUGUCUCAUGGCCGUUUUAAAAGGCAGCUAAAUGAGCACGAUGUAGAAAUAAUUUGCCGAGCCCUCUUAGCAUAUUGCCUUGUUCACUACCGAGGAGAUGAGAAAAUUAAAGGCUUCAUAUGGGAUCUCAUUACUCCAACUGAAGACGGGCAGACACGAGAGCUACAGAAUCAUCUAGGCCUGUCAGCCCCGGUACCAAGAGGUAGAAAAGGGAAGAAAGUAAAGACUCAAACAAGCUCAUUUGAUAUACAAAAAGCAGAAUGGCUUCGAAAAUACAAUCCUGAGCAACUACUUCAAGAUGAAGGCUACAAAAAACAUAUAAAACACCACUGUAAUAAAGUUUUGCUUCGUGUAAGAAUGCUGUAUUAUCUAAAGCAAGAAGUCAUUGGAAAUGAGUGUCAGAAAGUUUUUGAUGGAGUUGAUGCAAGUGACAUUGAUGUUUGGGUCCCAGAACCAGACCACUCAGAAGUUCCAGCUGAGUGGUGGGAUUUUGAUGCUGAUAAGUCACUCCUUAUUGGAGUUUUUAAACAUGGUUAUGAAAAGUAUAACACUAUCCGAGCAGACCCAGCAUUGUGCUUCUUGGAAAGAGUGGGAAAACCUGAUGAGAAAGCAGUUGCUGCAGAACAGAGGGCAAAUGAUUAUAUGGAUGGGGAUGUGGAAGAUCCAGAAUACAAACCUGCCCCAGCUAUCUUUAAAGAUGAUAUAGAGGAUGAUGUUUCCUCACCAGGAGAUCUUGUUAUAGCAGAUGGAGAUGGUCAGCUGAUGGAGGGUGAUAAAAUUUAUUGGCCUACUCAGUCAGCUUUAACUACCCGUUUGAGGCGUCUCAUUACUGCAUAUCAGCGUACCAAUAAAAACAGACAAAUCCAGCAGAUACAACCUACUUUCCCUGUGCCUGCCAGUGUUAUGCAGCCUCUUUAUGAAGAAGCCACUCUUAACCCUAAAAUGGCAGCCAAGAUAGAAAGACAGCAGAGAUGGACAAGGAGAGAAGAAGCUGAUUUUUACAGAGUUGUAUCUACAUUUGGAGUGGUAUUUGAUCCUGACAGAGGCCAGUUUGAUUGGACAAAAUUUAGGGCUAUGGCUCGGCUACAUAAGAAAACUGACGAUAGCUUGGAGAAAUAUCUGUAUGCAUUCAUGUCUAUGUGUAGGAGGGUUUGUCGUCUUCCUUCCAAAGAAGAAUUGGUGGAUCCAAGUAUUUUUAUCCAGCCAAUCACAGAAGAACGUGCUUCUCGGACUUUAUAUCGCAUUGAACUUCUAAGGAAAGUAAGGGAACAGGCCCUCCGACAUCCACAAUUGUUUGAGCGCUUGAAGCUUUGCCAUCCAAAUCCAGACUUACCAGUCUGGUGGGAAUGUGGCUCUCAUGAUAGGGACUUGCUCAUUGGAGCUGCUAAACACGGGGUGAGCCGAACAGACUAUCACAUUCUUCGGGACCCUGAACUCUCAUUUAUGGCCGCUCAGAGGAACUACAGUCAAAGUAAGAUGGCUCAUUCAAGGACUUCUACCCCACUUUUACAGCAAUAUCAAGUAGCACUUUCUGCUUCUCCUCUUACCUCUCUACCUAGGCUCCUAGAUCCUAAAGCUGUUAUUCUAGAGGAUGUGAAAGUUAAAAGUGAAAACCUUAAAGAGGAGCCUCAGUCUUCUGAAGAAGAGUCUAUGUCUUCUGAGGAAACCAGGACACUAAUAAAGUCUGAGCCUGUAAGUCCAAAGAAUGGUGUUUUACCACAGGCUACUGGAGACCAGAAAUCUGGUGGAAAAGGUGAAACAGACAGACGCAUGGUUGCAGCCAGAACAGAGCCUCUAACUCCAAACCCGGCUUCUAAGAAGCAGCGAGUCCACAAAAGAGGAUCAGAGUCUAGUUCUGAUUCUGACUCUGAUUCUGAGAGAUCAUCCUGUUCUUCCAGAUCAUCUUCUUCCUCGUCUUCCUCCUCUUCGUGCUCCCACUCUCGAUCAGGCUCUAGCUCUUCUUCCUCCUCCUCUUGUUCUUCAGCAUCAUCUUCAUCCUCAUCCUCAUCUUCCUCUUCCUCCUCCUCCUCCUCAUCUUCGUCAGAAGAAAGUGACAGUGAAGAAGAGGAAGUCCAAAAGCGAGCAGAAGGUACCCCUCACAUGAAAGCCUACGAUGAAGAAAGUGUCGCGUCACUGAGCACUACCCAGGAUGAGACCCAGGAUAGCUUCCAGAUGAACAACGGGACCGCAGAGUCUGCUUACAUCCUACAGGGUGGAUACAUGCUGGCAGCAUCAUACUGGCCAAAGGAUCGUGUGAUGAUCAACCGGCUGGACAGUAUUUGUCAAACAGUCCUGAAAGGGAAGUGGCCUUCAGCUAGAAGAAGUUACGAUGCCAACGCAGUGGCUUCUUUCUAUACCACAAAGCUGCUGGACAGCUCUGGUGCAGCCACAGAAUAUAGCGAGCCCAGUGCGCCCCCUCCUGCAGGUGCUGCAGUCAAAGAAGAAUAUGAUCAGUCAACACAGAUGUCAAAGGUGAAGAAGCAUGUACGAGAAAAGGAGUUUACAGUGAAAAUCAAAGACGAAGGUGGUUUGAAGUUGACAUUUCAGAAGCAAGGGCUCGCUCAGAGAAGGCCACUGGACAGUGAAGACUGUGCUCCUGGGCAGCAGCAGUACCUCACUCGACUUCGGGACCUUCAAGGUGCGUCAGAGAGCAGCCUCGCCAGUUUCCCAAAAUCCCUACCACUAUCAGGUACUCCCAUUCAAUCAACCCUUGGUGCCAAUGGAGUUUUAUUAGACAACCAGCCUGUAGUCAAAAAAAGGCGGGGAAGGAGGAAGAAUGUAGAAGGUGUUGACAUCCUCUUUUUUAACAGAAAUAAACCACCUAAUCAUGUUACGUUAGGCUUAACCACCUCACAGAUUUCUACAGGGAUAAAUCCAGCACUAUCCUAUACUCAACCUCAAGGAAUUCCUGAUACAGAAACUCCUGUUCCAGUUAUUAACCUUAAAGAUGGGACAAGACUUGCAGGCGAUGAUGCACCGAAGAGAAAGGAUUUGGAAAAGUGGCUUAAGGAGCACCCAGGUUAUGUGGAAGAUUUAGGAGCUUUUAUUCCUAGAAUGCAACUCCAUGAGGGGAGACCCAAACAAAAAAGGCAUCGCUGCAGAAACCCCAAUAAAUUAGAUGUUAAUAGUCUCACUGGAGAAGAACGUGUUCAGCUGAUUAACAGAAGAAAUGCCAGAAAGGUUGGAGGUGCAUUUGCUCCCCCUUUGAAAGAUUUGUGUCGGUUCCUGAAAGAAAAUGCAGAAUAUGGAGUAGCUCCUGAAUGGGGAGAUGUUGUUAAGCAGUCUGGAUUUCUUCCAGAAAAUAUGUAUGAACGUAUUCUCACUGGUCCUGUGGUAAGAGAGGAAGUAAGCAGGCGAGGGAGACGACCUAAAAGUGGAAUUGCGAAGGCCACGGCAGCGGUGGCAGCUGCAACUGCCACCAGUAUUUCAGGCAAUCCUUUGUUAGCCAAUGGAUUACUUCCAGGUGUGGACCUCACAACUCUUCAGGCCUUACAACAAAACCUACAAAACUUGCAAUCACUGCAAGUGACUGCAGGGCUGAUGGGAAUGCCUGCUGGCCUUUCUUCUGGAGGAGAAGCUAAAAAUGUGGCCGCCAUGUUCCCCAUGCUGCUGUCGGGAAUGACUGGGUUGCCAAAUCUGUUGGGUAUGGGAGGGCUCCUGACAAAGCCGACAGAAUCCGGAACAGAAGAAAAAAAGGGAAAUGACUCUAAGGAGGUAGAAGGGAAAAAAGAAAGGACAGAGAGCCAAAACCCCGAGAACGGCGGUGACAACUCGGUGUCAAGUUCUCCUGCACCCUCUACUGCUGCGUUAAGUACAGCUGCAGCUGCCAGCCCGUUAGCUCUGAACCCACUGUUACUAUCUAAUAUUCUUUAUCCAGGGAUGCUUCUCACUCCAGGCCUUAAUCUUCAUAUUCCAACUUUGUCUCAGUCCAACACUUUUGAUGUACAGAAAAACAAAAACAGUGACUUAGGCUCAUCUAAGUCUGUGGAAGUAAAGGAAGAAGAUUCCAGAGUUAGAGAUCAGGAAGACAAAGGGGGAACUGAACCGAGUCCUCUCCACGAAAACAGCACAGAUGAGGGUUCAGAGAAAGCCGAUGCUUCAUCUGGAUCUGAUAGUACAUCAUCGUCAUCCGAGGAUUCAGAUUCUAGUAAUGAAGACUGA